AUAUUUUUAACCAAAAAAUCAGUGAUGGAUAGUUGUAAGAAAAAAUAUUGGGCCCUGGUAAAGUGGGUUGGAGGUGUCGACGACAAAACUUAUACUGUUGGGAUAGAUACUCAACAUAUUAAAAAUUUUAAUUAUGAAGAAUUUACCAGUGAAGAAGAGGAUCCUGAAAAAAUUUACGUAAUUGAAUGGCAUGAUCAAUCUAAAGAACCACCUGGUGAUUGGAUAUGCUAUCAGGCGAGAGUAAUUGCGGUUUCAAAUUCUCGUAACGUUUUAAAUAAAAAAUUAAAAGCUCUAGACGGUAUUGUAUCACCGAAAACGAUAAAUACCCAAGAAACAGUACCAAUUAAUCGUAAGGAACCUCAAGCCCAUUGCAGUCAUUCAGUAGUCGAUCUAUUGACAGAAGAGGAUGAAGAAAAUCCGGAGGAAAAUACUUCUGUACGAAAAAAAAUUAGGUUUGAAAAUGAGAACACGAGUGAAAAUAACGACAGUUUAAUUGAUGUUAUUGAAGAUCAUAAGAAGGAUCAAAAUGAUGAUAAUUUAACUAUCAAAGUUGGGGAAAAGAACAGAAGUUCUGCUAGCAAAGAGACCGGGAAAAAUUACACCAGUAAUUCAGAUCAAUGA